UUUUUCCAAAAAGACAUCAUAAACUUAAUACUUUUUUUUUUUUUUCCAAAAUGCUUUUUUAAAUAUAAAUAGAUCUUAUUGUUGGUUGUUUGGAUUAAAGCUAAACAACAACUAAAUUUAAAAGAAUUGAAAACUAAUUUCAAAUUUAAAACCAGAAUUUGAAAAUACAUUCUCCUCCUGCUGCUAUCCAAUCUGCCGUACAACUUCUUGCCUUUAAUGGAUGUUUUGAACCAGUUUAACACACAAAAAGAUCAAACUACUUUUCAGGAUGACUGAUUAAGAUGUUAAGUAUCUAAUGCUGUGCUGAGGUCUAAGAGGACGAGAACUGAAACCUUAUUUUGAUUGUUUUAGUAAGAGCAGUUUCAGUGCUGUGGUGUGUUCUAAAGCCUGAUUCAAAUUCCUCCAGGAUGCUAUUCUCUUUAAAGGAGCUAUAUGUAAGAAAUCUAAAGCAAAUAGUCGUAAAAUCAUCCUAAUAUGUCACAGAGACAAAGGAAUAAUGUUCAUAUAACAUACUGAUCUCACCGACAACAAUAGUACAGCCAGAAUAUUCGCAUUUAAAAAACAUUUUUACCAUACCUGCCAACAGUAGGCUGUGAAAAAGAGGGAGAUUUUCUGGGGUAACGGUUGGAAUGGCUGAAUGGUUGGAAUCCCCACCCGGGGGCAUUGUAACAAUGGAUAUUAUUAUUAUUUAAGGCUCAUUAAGUCAUUUUGUUUACAUAUUUGUAUUUAUUGUAUUCAUAUGGGCCCAUGUUACGCCCCGGUCUAGGGGUGUGGGUGCUUAACAUAAGGAUACACAGGAACACAGGAGUAAAUGUACAGGUGAGCAAUUUAUUGCUACACACUCCAAAAAUACACUGUACAAUAUCGCACACAAAAUGGAGCAAAUGACGUCAGGGUGAACCCAGGCCAAAACAACAAACAAAAAGCAACAAAAAUAACUGAUUCCUAACAAAAACAAAAGAAACAAACGUACAAUACUAGGCCUAACUCCCUAGGCUAACGAAAAACAUGAGAAAACAGGUAUAACAAAAAUAGCAGCUCACCCCUACGCCCCGUGCAAACAGUAAUAUGUGACAAUGACUAUUUACAAUAUACACAAAUGACUCAGUUGGCCCUAAGGCGCUGGUCUGAACAAAAGAAACAAUUAUUUAGCAAGGCAAGCUAAAUAAUCACACGUUAGUCACACAACAAAGUACUUAUAAAUCACAAAAACCGGAGAAACGAUACGAUGCGCUGCUGCCAUGUAGGAGAGUGGGCUCGCGGCUUCCGUGUGGCCAGCAUUAUGAAGGCUGAGCCCCUUGCUCAACCAAUCCGGCAGCGGUGAUGUCACGCUCGUUAUCCAGUAGCUUUUGACACUGAAGGCCAAGCCCCUUGCUCAGCCAAUCCAGCCGUAGCGACGUCACGAUUGUUGAGCGAAUCACCGGCACACCUGUUAACAAGCAUACGAUCUCCGGACAGAAAGAGGUCUGACUUUCCACCAAACAUACAGUCAGUUCACAGCUGUAGAGAAGUUCGCAGAUUGAUUGUUUGACAUCCUUUGAACCUGCCCAAAGUUAAAAAUGACCACACCUGUGCGAACUGUGAAAGUCCUGAAAGAACACCUGGACGAGCUGAUCGAGGUGGAGCUGAGGACAUUUCAUUGGUACUUGACCCAGAAUGUGAGAGAAGGAUGCAGAUCCAUUCAGCGGUCCCAGCUGGAGAACGUGACCAGAGAGGGAACUGUGGAUAAAAUGGUGCAGGUUUACGGGAGAGACGGUGCUGUGGAGAUCACAGUGGACAUUCUCACAUGGAUGAAUCAUAAUGACCUUGCAGUGAGGUUAACUCAAGCCAUAACGGAGGCAAACAUGGAACAGCAGUCGAAUGAGCCAUCUACCUCCACUGUGAGCGAAAUGCAGAGAGAUGCAGAUUGGACUCCGGAGCUGUCUUGUCCAGUUUGUCGUGAUAUUUUCACGGAGCCUGUGAUGCUUCAGUGUGGCCACAGCUUCUGUAAGACCUGCGUGCACAAACACUGGAAGGGGGAACUCUAUCGGAAAUGCCCAUAUUGUCAGCAAGUUAUAGACCUUGAACCUCAGAUUAAUUACACUCUGAAGAGUUUGAGUGAAAACUACAGAAGGAGAGGUCAGUCUGAUCCCUCAGGAGGACACAGCAGUGACUCAGCGUCUUAUCAGACUCCUUCCAGGACCAUCAGACAGAAGCAGGAAGCUUUUGAAAAGGUCAAACAAUUUUGUGAUUCAUCCAUCAAGCACAUUCAGAGUCAGAGACGCACCACAGAGCAGAAGAUGAGGGACGACUUUGAGAAGCUUCGUCAUUUUCUCAAGACGGAAGAAGAAACCAGAAUAGCAGCAUUAGAAAAAGAAGAGACUCAGAAGAUUCGUAUGAUGCAGAAGAUCACAGAGAUCAGCAGAGACACAUUCUCACUCUCUGACACUGUGAAAGAAAUGGAAGACUUGGGGGCUGAUGACUCAUUCAUACAGAACUUUAAGACUGAAAUGGAAAGAGCCCAGAAGGCACUGCCAGAUCCACAGCUACUCCCACAGCCACUGAUAGAUGAGCCCAAACAUGUGGAAAACCUUCAGUUCAAAGUUUGGAGGAGGAUGUUGACCAUCAUAAAUCACAAAGGUGAAGUUGUUGACAGUUCGGGGACUGAGUCUGAUGACGAUGAAGGGUCAGAAUUUGACUGCCUGUACUCUCCUGAGCCUUGCCUAACAUCAUCCUCUGAUUCAUCAGACUCGGAGGAUUCAGUCAUCAUUCCAGAUAGCCCUCCCACAAAACGACACAGGCCAAAUCCAGAUGCUGAGCAAAAAGCAGCAACCACCAGGGGGCUUCAUCCACAUUCGAGCAGGCAAAUGGAAGACUCACCCACUCUGUCUCAACUUCCCAUACCACAACCCCAACCCUCAGCUUUUCAUCCCACAACCCCCAACCCUCAGCUCUUCAUCCCACAACCCCCAACCCUCAGCUUUUCAUCCCACAACCGUCAUCCCUUCAUACCACAACCUCCAACCCUCAGCUCUUCAUUCCACAACCCUCAUCCCUUCAUACCACAACCUCCAACCCUCAUCCCUUCAUACCACAACCUCCAACCCUCAGCUCUUCAUUCCACAACCCUCAUCCCUUCAUACCACAAACCCCUAACCCUCGGCUCUCUAUCCCACAACCCUCAUCCCUUCAUACUACAACCCUAAACCCUCAGCUCUCCAUCCCGCAAACCCUCAUCCCUUCAUACCACAAUCCUUCCAUUUUGUAACCCUUUGACCCUCAAUCUAUCAUAUGCAUAAACAAUUUUGAUCUGUAUCUGUAUUGGGGUGGUUUUUGUUAGUGAAUUGAUAUAAAAUAUAAGGAACAAAUAAAAUAUGAUGUAUGAUUACAGAUUUGGAAUUGAUUACAGAUUUCAAAUGAAGAAUUGGCGAGAGUUGCAAGAUGGUUUAAAAUGAAUAAGCUCUCAUUAAAUGUCAAAAAGUCCACUUUUAUAAUCUUUGUAGGUAGAGGUAAGAAAUAUCAGAGGCAUCAUGCUGGAGUUUCAAUAGAGGGAAAUAAAAUUUCACAAGUCUCUUACAUUCAAUUCUUGGGGAUCCAAGUGGAUGAGAAUUUGAAUUGGAAAAAACAUUAAUUUCAUUCAUACAAAAAUGGUUUAUAAAUGUAUCUUGUUUACGGACCUUAUAUUAUACCAUGAUUUAUCCUUAUUUAAUUUAUGGUAAUAUUGUUUGGGCGAACACUUACCCCUCCAACCUUCAUAAACUUUACUUGCUGCAGAAGUGUUUUGUACGAUUGGCAACUCUUUCUAACACAACAGAUCCCUCUGCCCCUCUCUUCAAAAAACUGAAUAUCCUGCCUAUGUACAACAUCAAUAUUCAUCAGGUAUGUGUUUUAUAUAUAAAUACAUGUUUUCACCCUGUUCUUUACCAUCUUCUUUUAAAAAAAAAUUUCAUGUUAAAUUCCCAAUUUCAUUCUUAUACUACUAGACAGGUUGACUAUCUUCAUCUUCCUUUUUAUAAAAUUAAACACGGCCAGUUUUGCCUCAGAUAUCGUGGUGUGCAAAUAUGGAAUGCUAAAAGACAUAUUGUUAUGAGCUCAUCAUCUUUAAAAAAUUUUAAAAGGAAAUUGUCAUUUCACCUAAUUCAUGAAGUUUAAUUGUGUAUGCCUAACUACACUGCAUUUAUGUAUGUUGUAUAUACCCUUUUUGCCCUUUUUUGUCAAUUCUAUUUGGUUUUUGUGAUCUCAAAUAGUUUUUCAAUUAGAUAUUUGUGUAGAUAUUUGCUUUUGAUGUUUUAAUUGUCUUUUUUUGUAUAGUCUGUUCUGUUCUCUUUUCUUCUCUUUUUCCUUUCUUUUCUUUUUCUUUUCUUUUUUGUAUUGUAAAUUGUUGGUUUCUUUGAGUUUUGAGAAAGGUGAGGUCCCUCGUAUAAGCCUGUUGGCUUCUUGACCUCUCCUGACACAUUUAUUUUUAUCCUGUAAUUUGGUUUUCUUUUAAAUCUCUUAU